GUUGGCUUGUUUCUGUGUUGGCAUGUUACAUCCUGCAUUUUGUUUUGUGUCUUUCGUUCGAAUAUUAACCGAUUUUCUCACGCAGUAGCCUUCUUAAUUUCUCUGGCGACUGCGGUCGACUACGAGGUGCCACUCCAACCCACUUCUUGCAUGAUUGCCGUGGCCAGCACAGAUAGGCCGCGGCGCUCUAAGAGUUAUCGUCUCAUGCCUGCAGGUCGGGCUGGGACGCAAAGUAUUGAUAUCGACGAGGAUAAUGAAGUGCGUCCGACAACACAGAAGAAUAUACUCGCCACAACACCUCCGCGAUCGUACCCAGUUUCCUCCCCAAAUUUCCGCAGCGGAAACAAAUCAAUCGAGCCACACAUGUUGCAUGCGCCAGAACUCGACGGUGUGGCAGGCCUUGGCAUUAGCCUACGAAAACCUUCCGUAUUACAUUCCAUCCCAGGCAAAGAGCGGCGUUCGUCUUCUACCGCGGCAGAGGAGUCCCUCUCAAAAUCUUUCGAUCUCACAUCACCUGCCGUCGUCGAGAUGAUCCGAACCGAUGGGCAUCUAUCUUCGCGCCGAGCAUCAAUCUCCACUGCCACACUGUCUACAGUUCUUGCCGCGUCUCUGUCUCUGACGGAUAAGGCGAAUGCGCUGGGUAUGAACACAACUUCGUCUCAUGCGGGGCGCAUGGGCAAGAGAGGGCCUGCGGAAUCUGAGACGAUUGUCAACAUACAGGAUCAGGAUCAGCGCGUCGACCAGCAGUUGAAUCCUUUGCUAGAAUCCGCAUCAUCGGCGUUGGCUGCGUCACUCGCAAAAUCCCCCAUUCCUUUGUCAUUUGCAAAGCCAUCGGCCGGCCACCCUUUCGGGUCAAUCGUACAUACCAAGAAAGACGUAUCUGGCACCUCACCAAAAAGUUCCCACAAAAACAUUCAAUUUGCGGAGGACUUGGUGAGAGAGGCCAGAGAUGGCACGUCUGCUAUGUCAAUUCCCCAUGAUAGCGAACGUCGUUCCUACUCCCGCCGCAACUCGGGCGCCUCUGCUUCGCAGGUAUCUCCAUCCGCCAGCCAUGGCAGUCUGGCAUGCCAUCGGAGUGACACAAACAUGAGCCGGAGCCUUGAACCUGCUCGUGGGCCAUGGCGUAAAUCACGGCAUGCCAGGUCUCUCUCGUUCGGGGACAGUGAGGAGGAGGAGGAUGAUUCCGAAUGGCGAGAAUUCCGAAAUUCGCCGCCAUCUCUACCACUCGUACCGUACAGAAAUCAGGUCGGCGGACAUGCAUCAUUCCUGCGAUUUUCGGACAAGGCACUUUGCAAGCCUUUGAACUCACGGGAAAAAGAGUUUUACGAGGUAGUCGAGACGAUGCACCCGGAAAUCAAACGCUUCAUGGCAACCUAUCUCGGGAUCGUGAAUGUGACUUACAGCACGGCGCGGGAAGAUGCAGAUGCGUUUGGAGUAGCGGAGGGGACGCCCUUGGUCAUUCUCGAAGAGAACAAGCACAUGCUGUCGAGCGACUUCGGGAUUGAGAGCGAUGAGGUCAACAACGAUGACCCAUUGAGCAAUUGCUUGAACCGGAAAUUGCAGCAGCAGGUUUUCAGGGAUGCUUUGUCACCGCAAAGUUUGCGGGCACGGUUUGCACAGCUGAGGACAGCCCUUGGGGCUAUGCAACGGCGAUAUUCGUUUAGUUCGAGCGACCCAACAUCGCCGACACUGCAUCCGAUGUCGGACCCACUCGCCGAAGCCGGAGCGGAACUUGGUCCUUCGACGCCAUCUCCGACCGCAAAGCUUGGGAAAUCACGGGAUAAACGUCCAUCGAAGGCAGACCCUACCGGAUCAGCAGAGGCUGCGUCCUCCGUCUUCCAUAUGUCUGACGAUGAAGAAGAUGCUGGUGGUUCUAGCAGAUCUCCAGUGUCCACUCCUAAGCGGUUACAAGACCUCAAAUUGCCUACUCGCCUCAUCCGGUCCCCAUCAACGCCAGUUGCCGCCAGCGUCUCGUCGAACCAUUUCCAGUCGGACACAGAUCCUCGUACCCCGGUUAAAGGCGCCGCACUCGGCAAAACGGCCAGCUCACCGACCGUCGCCUACAACCCAUGGUCGUUGCACCUCUACAACAACACCAUCUCCAAAUUGGCCGAGAGCGAAAAGGGGAAGAGACGUACCGAUCAGUUCCUGCUGUUGGAGGAUUUGACGCAAGGGUUCCAGUAUCCUUGCAUAUUGGAUCUGAAGAUGGGAAGCCGUCAGCAUGGCGUGUAUGCUACCAAUGAGAAGCGGAUUUCGCAGGAGCGCAAGUGUGAGAAGAGCACGAGCAAGAAGAUGGGCGUGCGGAUUUGUGGGAUGCAGGUUUACAAACCACCCACCGGAACGUUCACGUAUCUGGAUAAAUACGUCGGCCGUCAAAUAAACGGCGCCAACUUCAAGCAGUCGCUACUCACCUUUUUGGACGCGGGCGAGAAAUAUCUCAUCGGUUACAUCCCGCAACUGCUGCAAAAGCUGCGGAAUCUGCACGAGGCCGUCUCCAAAAUGACUACCUUCCGCUUCUACGCCAGUAGUCUUCUGAUUCUGUACGACGGCGCGUGGGCAGACGACGACGGGACUGGCGCCAAGCUCUCGAUAUCGGUCGUCGGCGAGAACGGCGAACCUGUAGCCCCACCACCGCGCGAGAUGGACAUGAAGAUGAUCGAUUUCGCAAACUGUGUGUCGAACGUCACGUCGCUGCGCGGGCUGAACGAGGUGGACUCGGUGUCUUCGGAUGAUACCAAUUCGGAGAACGAUAGCGAUGCCAAGCAGAACGCGAAGAUUCCCGUACCCUUCCCACCAACCACUGUGGGACCCGAUAAUGGAUAUUUGCUGGGUUUGCGGACGCUGAUCAAAAGCUUCGAUGAGUUGUUCCGGGAACUCGGUGGUAACAACAGUCAGCUCCUGGACUGCCACGGACACGUGUGGAAGAAGAAUCUGACGCAUGCUCAGAGACUGUACGCUGAGCCGACGAAUGUGAUGGGCAAUAACAACAUUCCCGGUGGUGGGGCUGCCGAAGCAAUCACGUCAGGAGAGCCCUUGAUGUUCGGAGGCUCGUCGUCCUCUGCAGCAUCGGCGGCUGGGUUUUCGGGCCCACCCUCCACUCCUGCUACCGCAACGCCGUCAUCGUCGCUUCCGUCCAGUCUUCCGUGGCAAAGAUCCCAGGCCGGAGGUACCUCUGGGCCACCAACCUCCGCGGCCGAGAACGAGAGAAGACGUCGUGCGUCGGCCUUUGUCGUCGUCCGGCGCAAUUCGGAGAAGGUACCUGUAUCCGGCGCGAAAGACGCGAAGCAGCCACCCCGAGUGAAUGAACCACUGUCUUCACUCUCGAGCAUGAUCAAGUCGCCGCCGACCUCUUCGCCGUCCAGCCCCGACCAAGCCACCCCGCCGGCACACGCGAAACAACAGGCCGGGGUACGAACGCUAUCGAGCACCGCGAUGCAGGAGGAGCAACAGGGCCCGGAAGACUUUGUUUCGCCGUAUACAGGGGUUCCGCCUAGCGUUGAUCGACGGAUGCCUUAAAACGCGUCCUCGGGCUUGUGUAUGCAGGCUGGUGGAGACGGUAAUUUUUUUGGAUCAGAUUCCACCGGCUUCUUCAUCGGUGUGGCCAUCCCCGACUGGGUGCAAGGGCUGGAUGCCUCUGACGAUUCUUCGUACGUUCGGCACCCUCGCAGUCUUGGCAAGCAAACAUUCACCGCGGCUCCCAUCAACCUGCUUUUUGGUGUUGCCUUUCUUCUUCCCCCCGCUUCCUCGGAUACCUACCACACUUACAUUUUGGAUACGCGUGAUCGCGCUCGUCUUCCCAUCACCUUUGACAUUGCGUUCCGAGGAUCGCGGAUCUGGCCGCGCUCU